AUGUCAGCUCGUCAAGUUGCAGAUCGUUUACGAGAGCAAGGAGUAUCGCCAAGGACAUGGUUCGUGACGUGGCAUCAAACGACCACCGACCUCUCUGCUCUGCGCGGAUGGCUCGAGUCAGAAGGACAGUUUGACGUUCUGCCCAAUGACUCUAGGUGUCUGCCCAUCGUGCCGCAUAUCAGAAGGAAUCUAAAGGCGGCUCUAGCGAAUGACGGUCGCAUCGUGCCAGCCGCUUUGUCGGUCGUCUUCCCGCUCAUCAUGGGCUCGCAGCACGAACUGGUGGGCAGAAAUCAUCACGCCGCCGUGGACGCACAGCAAGCGUGCUAUUUGACUAAGGUGUAUCUCAUGCAGAGCAGACAUCUUGCAGAUCGGCCAGCCGGCUGGCUUGAAAGCCUGCAGAAGCCGAAGGGUUCUCUAGGGCGGCAAAAGAGGCAGCCGAUGAUCGAGUCGUCUCUAUUGAAGGCACGAGAGUCCGCGGGAGUGAAGCUGAAGCAGCUUACGGUUGAGGAGUCGCAAAGCCCGAAGAAGCCAUAG